AUGCCAAUGCGAAACAAAAGGGUGAUUGACUUGACAAAUAUUCAGAUAAUAAAUAAUUUUUUUUCCAUUUUAAUGAUUAUUUUAACAAUACCAUCAUUAAUAUUUAUUAUUUUAUUUUGUUCAUUUGUUCUCACUAAUGGUGAAGAUUUUUAUCAAUUAUUGGGGGUUCAAAAAUCCGCCAGUCAACGCGAUAUUCGACGUGCAUUUAAAAAAAUUGCAUUAGAAAAACAUCCUGACAAACGAACAAAUGAUCAAAAUGCUCAUUCAGAUUUUGUAAAAAUUAAUCGUGCUUAUGAAAUAUUACGUGAUGAUGAAUUGAGAAAGAAGUAUGAUCAAUAUGGUGAACAGGGCUUAAAAGAUGAUUUUAAUCGUGGUAAUGAAUAUCAAAGUUGGUCAUUUUAUAAGCAAAAUUUCGGCAUCUAUGAUGAAGAUCCCGAAAUUAUUACACUUAGUCGAACAGAUUUUCUACAAUCGAUCGAUGGUACACAAGACAUUUGGUUUAUAAACUAUUAUUCAGCGCAAUGCGGACAUUGUCAUGAGCUGGCGCCUGUUUGGCGUGAAAUAUCGAAAAUCUUAGAAGGCGUUAUCCGAAUAGGAGCUGUUAACUGCAUGGACGAGUGGUCAUUGUGUAAUGAACAAGGAAUACAGGCGUAUCCAUCAUUACUCAUUUAUCCAGGGCGUAUUAACUAUAAUGGUGAUAGACAGAAAGAUGAUUUAAUCCGAUAUGCCAUGAGUUUUGUAACAGCUGAUCUUCUACAUUUAAAUGAUAAAACGUUCAAACAAGAAUUGUCGGAGAAGAGUCAGAAUAAUAAACCAUUUUUAAUUGCUUAUUGUCGUAAGAAUGAUGAAGAUAAUUGUCUUGAUGACGAUGAAGCAUUUAAAUUGGCUGCUAUGCUGAUAUUGAACACGAAUGAUAACAAUGAUAUUCGUACAAUUUCAAGUUUAAAUAUUAAAGAAAUAGCUUCACAAACAUUAAGUUAUUUACCCGAUAUCAAAAUAUUAACAGAAGAUAUGUUUAAUAAUUUAAUGAUUGAACUAAAACAGAAUAAAAAUAAACCAUUAUUAGUUCAUUUUGUUGAACAAACAAAUAAUGAAAAGGAUCUUGAAUUACGAAAAUUACCAUCGAUGCUAAAUGAUUAUAAUAUUGGUCGAUUUGAAUGUUCAUCAUCCACAUCUAUUUGUCAAAAUUUAUUUCUUAAUAAAUUACCCGCAUUUAUUUUAUUUAAAUUUAAUGGUUAUUAUGAAUUUUAUUAUGGUCGAUAUAGUGCAAAUGAUGUUGCAACAUUUGUUCGUGAAAAUGCUUAUACAAUUGUUCGAACAUUAAAUCCAAAUGAUUUUCCAUAUGUGACAAAUACAGAAAAUGAUAAACCGUUUAUUAUCGAUUAUUUUUCACCGUAUUGUCCACCGUGUUUACAAUUACUACCGGAAUUUCGUAAAGUGUCAAAAAAAAUUGGAGAUCAAAUCAAUUUUGGAACAGUAGAUUGUACAAUUCAUAAUUUUCUAUGUCAGGAACAAAAUAUUCAUUCUUAUCCUACCACUAUUGUUUAUAAUCAGUCCACACCACAUCAAUUUCAUGGACAGUACUCAGAACAAGCAAUUAUGAAUUAUGUGGACGAUAUUUUACAUCCAUCGGUAAUUAUAUUGGACAAUGAUUUAUAUGAAAAUCUGAUAGUGAAUAAAAAACAUAACGAAAUGUGGUUAGUGGACUUUUUUACGCCGUGGUGUCCUCCGUGUCAACAAUUAUCAGGAGAAUGGCGACAAUUAGCAAAAUUUAUGAAAGGCAUUGCCAAUGUUGCCACGGUCGAUUGUACCGUUCAGACUUAUUUGUGUCAGAGAUUAGGCAUUUAUUCUUAUCCAACCAUUAGACUUUAUCCACCAAAUUCAGAUGAACAAAAUUUUGUACUAUAUAAUAAUGGAUGGCGCGAUGUAAACUCAUUGCGUUCAUGGGCAUUCACUUUUCUACCAAGUAAAGUGAUUGAAUUAGAUAAUGUCAAAUUUUCCAAGAUUGUGUUACGUGAUAACAAUUCAUGGUGUGGACAUUGUCAUCAGUUUAAUCCCAUUUUUGAAGGUGUUGCUCGAAAAUUAGAAGGAAAAGCAAAUGUUGGUAAAGUCAAUUGUGAUACACAAAAAGAAAUUUGUGAGAAAGCAGCUAUUCGUGCUUAUCCAACUAUUAAAUUUUACAAAGGAUCACUCAAUUCAAAACGACAGGAAUUUAUUGGUGAAGAAAUUAAUCAAUUGGAUGGGGAUUUUAUUCUACACUAUGUUAUGAACAGACAACCAUCUACUGCACAACAACGAGCUCAUACAACUGAGCUGUAA